CAUAAUAUGAAUAUUUUUUGUCUACAAUAAUGUCAAGUAUAAUUUAUUCUUGGGUGUCACAUGAGUUGAACCUACAUGGUUAGCUGUAUUCUUCAUUGUGCAAUAUCUCCAUUUUAUAGGUCAGCCACUGGAGAAGUUAUUUGCAAACGGUUACUUUUUGGGAAAACUUUUGCACAAAUAUAACAAAUUUCAGAAAUUCUAUCUCCUGAAAAAUUCCAGCUCGCCGGAAUCGAUCAUUCAAAAUUAUUCCUACCUCCGAUCAGCACUCCACGAAAUGGGAAUAAAUAUUGAUGCACACCUAAGCCAUGACAUAAUCACCGAAAAACCUGGCAGUAUACACCAAGUUCUGUACCAGAUUUACGUUAUUUUAAGUGGUGUUGAUGGUUUCAACCGAUGUGAUACCAUCGACUUCAGUAAUUUCGAGCAUACACAACUGAAUACUCUCCAAAAUCUAUCUUACAAGAACCAACUAAAGCAACUAAUUCCGAGACAAUCCGAUGUUAGUUUGGCGCAAAUUCUGUCACGUUAUGAACGACAAAUGAAAAUAAAUGAGAAGCGAAUUAAAGAGGCUGAUUUAAUGGAUACAUUAGAGAAAGAUGCUCUCGUCCAAAAACGUCGAAAUUCAAGACUUCAAAGAAGUCGUGACUUGCGUAUGAUGCAAUCUGAAUUAAUGGCCAAAUUAGAAGCAUCUAUCAUCAAUUUACCACGAUCUGUUCGGAACAAACUAACAACUAAAAGCAUGGACAGGCAACAAUCCAAGCAAACACAUACAAAUAGUGUCAGUUUAAAAGAAUUGGAUGAAUUUGACUCGCGUAAAGAGAAAUGUGAACUGUAUAACGGCGAUGUAUCAAAAACAGGAGAUAAAUCUAGCGAACAAUUAAGUCCAAAUUUAACACUUAACACCUCAACAGACGAUUUUAAUAAAACGACAAUGAAUUAUAUGAAACAAAUUCAUAAAAGAGUUCACGAAGAAAAAAAAGCAAUAUAUGAGCGUCAAAAAAGAAGGAGACGAGUUAUUAUGGAUAUACUGGAAGCAAAUCACAUCCGACAAGAGGAAAUCAGAUCAGAGCAAAUUGUGCAACGAUUAUCACGUCAGUCUCACUUAGAAAGUCGUAUUUCUGUACAAUUAGAACAAAUUAAACAAGAAAAAUCAAUAAUUUUGGAAAAUCGUCUUGAACGAGAGCGACAAUAUGAAACUAGAAGAGAAUUAGAGUUUCAAUUAGCAAUGGAUCAUGAAAGAGAAAUGCUGCUUCAACAAAAAAAGGAAGAAAAAGACAAACUUACAAUAUUAAAACAACUUUGGUUUGAACAAAAAGCUAAACGACAACAAGCUUCUUAUAAGCGUCAUUAUGAAUUUAUUCAAAACGAUAUCAUACCAUUAUUAUUACAAUUUGUUAUGAAUGUUGCUGAAUAUCGGAUGUUCACAGGGAAGCUAAUUCCAUUAAGACUUUUCCGUCAAUGGAAAAUCGAAUUCGUAAACGGUCUGUUAGUGAACGACACAUCAUCAACAGAGGAUCAGGCAGACGAUCCUGUUGAAGAAGAAAUGUCGAAUGUGGCUAACCAACUUAAAUUAGAAAAGAAUCAAAUCAUCGAAGAUCAACAAGAAUUACUAGAUGAUUGUGAUUUGGAUGAGUAUCAAAAUCUUACUGGCGAUUGGGACCUAGAAAAAAUUGGUACACUCUCUAUGAAAUCAUUGCCGAAUGACUUAAUUCCGCAUGUACAAGGUAAACCAGUUGAAUGGAUCGACUUCAAAGAUGAAUGUAAAACAAGCGAAUUCAAACUACCAAAUGAUAUCAAUCUAAUAAAAACCAAUCCAGUUUUAGAAUGGAUAAUUAAACGUUUAUAUAAACUUAAUUUUCCUCCAACCACUGAAUCAAAUAAAACAGAUUUACCGGAAUUCCCGAUUAAAUUAGCACUACUUGGUAAACCUUUAAGUGGCAAAACAACUAUAAUAAGCCAGUUAGAAAAGAAUAAUAGAUGUGUUGGAAUCAAUCCAUACAAACUUAUAGAAGAGGCAUUAAAAGCUUAUGAAACUAAAGAAACUGACGAAUGUUCCAAUACACCCAUUGAAAGUUCUGAAUUAGCUGAAACAGAAACCUCUUCAACGGUCACACUGUCAGCUAAAGCGAAACUCGGUGAAAUGUUAUGGAAUGAACUAAAAGUUGGAAAAGAAAUCUCUGACGAUCUUUUAGUUGACUUAGUAUACGAAAAAGUCAAAACUCUUGAACCAACAACUGGUUUUAUACUAGAUGGAUUUCCAACAAAUUACAAUCAAGCUAAAUUGCUGGAACAAAAAUUAACCGGAAACACAACGGUAACGGAUAACAACCCAUCGAACAACAUUUCACUACUUCUAGACGUACAAAACUCAACAGAUUCGAAGUUAAACAAUGGUUUAGAUUUGAUUAUUUUACUAGAUAUAUCAGAUGAAUUAAUUUUAAAACGUAUAGCACAUACAACAUUAUCCAAAACAGUAUUGAAUGAUUCUUUGACAAAAUACACAACCGCUGAAGAAAUACCAUACAAUAACAAAGUUGAUAUACAAACGAAUACAUCAUCUAAUCAAAUUCAUUCUAUGAAUAUUAAUUCAGAAAUGGACGAAAAUCAGAAUUCAACUUAUUCCAAUAAUUUUAAUUAUUCUUCAUACAUUUUACAAGAAACACAGGGUAAUAUACCGGAACGGUUAGUUAAUUUCAUUCAAUCUUGGCCAAAAUUGUAUAAAUUUUAUCAAAAACAAAAUUCAAAUUUAUGCGUUGUUCAUUUAACAGAUUUAUUACAUAAUACAAAAUUUUAUCAUUAUGAUUUAGAAAAUAAUGAUGAAUCGAUGAAAUUAGCUGUUUAUUUAGAAAUUGAAAGACAAAUUGAAGGAUUUAUAAAACAUAAAGAAAACAUCUCUUUAGUUAAAACAAAGCCUAUUGAACAGAUGGAAUUCAUUGGAAACGAUCCAACUGUUGUAAUAAAUGUUGGUGAAAAUACUGAGAAGGAGAAUGAUGAUGAGAAAGAGACAGACAGUAGACGUACAUUGUUUGCAAGUUCUACCAUAGGAUCAACUGAUAAUGAUGAUCAAAAUGAUCAUAUUAAUAAAAAAUCAGAUUUACAGGAUUAUAACAUGAAAGACGACAAGUUGAAAGCUAGAGAUGGUAGCACUAACUCACUACGUUCGAUUCAACGUCCUGUAACAGCUAAAACUUCAUCUAGUGGUAAAAACUCUACAACUUCUAGGCAAAGUAAUCGUAGUAAAAAAGAGGGAAGUGCUGAAAGUCAAAGAAAAACAGUGGGAAGUAGAUCUCCAUCAGCAGGACGAAGUACCAAAGACAGACGAAUAAAUUCAAAUGAUCGUGACAAACAAUUGGAAUCAGUUCAAAAAGAUAAAUCAAGGAGUCGUUCUGGUAGCGAAAAGAAACAAUCAAAGAAAACGAAGUUGAAAUCUACUGAUUCACCUCAAUCAAUUAAGGAAAAUAAUAAAGAACAAACGGUUACUUCACAGCCAGAUUUGCCACAACCUGGUGAUGAAAAUUAUCAAUUCGUCGAGUUGCCAGUUAUGAAUGAAUCCGCCCAUAUAUUAUGGAAAUUAUGGGAUAGGACGGAAACUAUAUACAAUCAGAAUUUGAAGUCGAUUUUCCGCCAAAUGCGUUAUCUAAAUUCAAAUAUUAUACCACAUAUGUAUCACAUUAAACAACAGUUUUAUAACUAUUUAUACAGACCUGAUUCGAAACAACAUUUCCUUAACCAAUUCAUUAGUACAUUUAAUUCUCUAAUGAAUGAAAUGCGUUCAGAUAAAGAGACCAAAGCUGAUUUACAUUGUCGAACAGAUGAUCUGCGUGAUACUUUAUAUGAAAUCAUUGAUGAAACAAAACAAGCUAAUGAAGAUCGUUUGAAAAUUCUACUUGAUAUACCUGGUUGGUUUACAGAUCAUCAAAGAUUGUUGAUUAAUUUAUAUUUAUCAUUAUUUCAAAUUGAAUUAACACGUUUUCAAGAGAAUGCACAAUUAAUAAAGGAUUAUUAUAACGUUAUGGAAGCUAGACCUCAAACAGUUGAAAAUGAAUCGAUUCAAGCUUUAGCGGGAACAAUCGACGCAAGUCACAUUGAAUAUACACGAAUACCAUUAAUUAAACUUCCUGAUGAAAUUGUCGAAAAUGAUGAUAGUUCCGGAUCGCGUAAAAGUACAUCAACAAGACAAAAUUCUUCGAGGUCUAGUUCAAAUAAAUUGAAUAAAUCAAAAUUAACGGAUUCAGGCAACACUGUUUUGUCAAAAUAUUCAACUCCAAUUGAUACGAAAUUUGAAAUUUUACCGAGUGAAUUUCGUAGUCAAAUUAAUUUAUUGAAUCAGAAUUCAUCAUUACAAGAAAUAUUUGCAGCAUUUAGUAAAAAUGGUUUACCUUUGAUUAGUCAGACUAUUUCAACCAAUCCACCAAAUCAAAAAGGAGCCAAAUCUGGUGCUGUUAAAGCAAAUUCAAUUCAAGAAAAAGUGACCCUGGCAAAUCCAACUAAUCUUCUUCUAGACAAACCGACUCCAUCUACAGAUCCAUCAAUUCAAUUCUUAUAUAAUGUUUUUUUAGGUGUUAUGCAAACUAUUUUGAAUCAGGUACAAACAGAACGGAAGUCUAGAGCGAGUGAAGCUAUGUUGGAUGGUUAUACAGUGGAGUUAUUGCUUAAGCCUACAGAUACAAAAGGUGGCAAAUUAAGUUCAGCAGAUAAAAAUAAAGGUGGGCAACCUCGUAAAGGACAAAGAAAAUCGGUGGUACCUAAGGAAAAGGGAUCUAAACCUGAUGAACAAGCAACUACUCCAGUAGAACUAACUGAAGAAGAUCAAAAGGCUAGAGAAGUUAGGCAGCAUAUUAGAGAAGAACAUAUAGCUGCGCUAGAAAAAGAAGCCGCUAAAACUGCCUUUCGCUUAACAAUAAUAAGGGCUCAAGGAUCAGCCGUUCUAUCAGAUUUACAGGAAAAGUUUUCCCAGUUAAGGCAAUUUAUGACAGACUGUAUUGGAAUUAGAACACUCAAAGAACAUGAUGCUGUGAAUAACGCACUUGAAGUUAUUCGAUAUAUGAUUGAAAAAGAACAGAAACUUCCAGAAAAAAUGAUAUUAGACGGUGAACAAUUUUACAUUGAUGAAAGUGGUACUACUUCACCUAUUUCUAAUGAUUCAUUAUUGAUGGAAAAACUUCGAAUUAAUUCACCAGUUAUAAAUAAACCAAUUGAAUCCGAACCCCAAUAUUUUAAUCUUAGUCAUUUAAAAUAUCUAUAUGAUAAAUUUUCAACUCUUAGCCAAACAGGAUGUAUUGACGUUGUUAAUUUUCAAAGUAUAUUGAAACCAAUGCUUACAGAACGUUUUACUGAACUAACUGGCUCAUGUUCUACCGACACAUUAAAUGAAUUGUUAACAUGUAUUGUUUAUAAGUAUCGUUUAUUAUUUCAAACAAAUUCUGUAAAAAACCCGAUUACUACUGAUAAUAACGAUUUGAUUAAAGUAAACAAUAUACAUGAAAAACAAGUUUAUUACAUUGAUUGGCGUCAAUUUUUAUUAGCGGCUUGUCAGCCAGCUAUUACAUAUCAUCAUUCCACUGUAAUUACGCAAUCAAGUCUAGUGGAACUAUCACAAAGACUCAUGGAAUUAGAUCAAUCAGCCAAACACGAAAAUUUACUCAAUGUAAAAGUUACUCGAGCUCAAUUUCAAUUCGCUUCAUUUAAAUGGUUUCCAGUUGGAGUAAAGCAUUAUGAAGAAUUGCAUGAUUUCAUAUUCAGUAUGUUCACAAAGAAAGUUAUUCAAUCAAGAAUCAACGGAACGUAUCCUAAGACUGAUUCACAGAAUACAGAAACCUAUAUCAACUCUCAAAAUUACAAAACAUUGUCAAUGGAAGAAACAGUCGAUUGCUCAGAUCUUCUACUAAAUAUAUCACUUAUUCAAGUAAAAUCUCCUUAUGUCGGCUUUCUACGUUGUUUAUCAACACUUCUUGGAAGACAUGUUCCAUAUAUAUCUGUUCACAACCAACUAAUAGUAGAUCGCUGUGAUAUAGAAUACGAAGGAGUACCACAGGAUUGUCCUGAUAAUCCUAUACCUAAAGAAAUUUUGGAAAAGAUUUUAAGCUUUGGUCUAGUUAAUACAAACCAGUGUCGAACUAUUCAUGAUGAUCUGGAAACGUUUCAAGUUUUGGAUGCGUCUGAACCAGGGAAUUCCCUUAUAUCAGACAAACUUCAAGAUAUAUUUACGAGUCUUGAAAGUAAUGGUCAAUCAUCAACACUCAAGAAUUUAUUACAUAAUAUACAUUUUCAAAAUUUAUUGAUCAGUUCAUUAACACAAUUCAAAGGAAUAGCACCGUUUUCAGAGCCAUGGAUAACAGCAUUACAAACUUACUUUAAUAAUUCAUUUUAAUUAUAGAAAAGAUGAAACAAUUUAAAGGACAUCAAUGGCAAGACAAAUUAUCAACAACUUUCUGAACCAAUAUUGAAAAGCAUGAGUUUUUUUUCUAAUCUUCACAUGUUAUUUUCACUUUAUUUAUUAUGGCAAAUUAUUUCAAUAAGAAGUUGUGCUACAUUUUCGGAUUAUCAAGGACAAUUUUUGCUAUUGUCACCAUUAUUCUACUAUAUACGCUCUCGUUUCUCUAAAGCAUUGUAGUAAACUUUUUUUGAAUUUCAAAACAAAUACAAAUAUGGUGACGAUUUUCUAAACAGAUAUAUUACAAUAUAUC